UCGUUAACGGUAGAGUCUUGUUACAAUUUUAUUCGAAUUUUCUUUGUGGAUUGUGAUACUGAACAGGAUCUUUUUUAUUAUGCAGCACGUAUACCACAUUAUCUUUUACCAUAUCUUGGAAUGUCUACAAAAGUGAUUUGGUCUCUGCAAUUUUUGAGACUUAGAAUCUUGGAAUUUCUUGUUGCCCUAGCAAAGUUUGAUGAGUUACAUGGGCAAGAAAUUCUUCAUGUAUUGCUAGACACAAAUUUAUUUUCUUUGUGCCUGCACUGCAUCCGUCAUGGUGAUACACAGAUACAGAAGGCUGCGACACUCAUACUUAUGAAAAUCCUGAUGCAAGAGGAUGGGCUAAAAUAUUGUUGUGCUUAUCCCGAUGAUUUUCAGUCACUGAUACAAGUCUUGCGUCAACUGGUAGAAGAAACAUUUACUUUUGAAAUCCCUUGUCCACAGCACCUCAAAUAUGUUAUUCAAUGCUACCUAUGUAUUUCGCGAGUAGCACGGGAAGACGGGUAAUUUGUUUUUGUCCCUGCUGCGUUUAUGGUUAUUCGUAAUGUCGAAUUCUGUCUCUAAUUCAUUAUUGUUUGAUUUGAACUCCCCU